AUGAUGAGCCAGCGUAGAUCGUUAAGGAUAUUCGGUCAAGGACCACGAGAAGGUGUCUGGAUGACAGAGGGAGACAAGCUGCGUCUUAGGAGAGAGGGGAAGAAGUUUAUGGGUCCCACAGAAAGUCAGGAUCAGUUGAAGAGCAGACUGUUAACAGGCAAAGCGCACACACCUGAACCCACCCAUCAGCGAUACAUCCGUCCUAUCUUCUCUGAUCUCACUUCUCCCGUUGGCGAGUUCCUCUCGUUGGAAUACCAUACCCACCGCUUCCCACAGCCCAGUAUCGUAGCUAGAUUUGAACCGCCAAUUCGGAACGCUUCUCUCCCAUUGACCAUCAUCGGGGCGCACCAAGAUUCAGCCAACUACCUGUUCCCUCAUCUUCCUGCUCCCGGUGCAGACGAUGACAUGGGACCAGUAGAAUUCCACUGA